AUGGUAGUGGGGCUGGUGGUAGCGGUGGAGGGGGCGGCGGAGCCGGAGCAGAUAUGCCCAGCGGCGGAUGUUGCUGUUGCUGUUGUAGACGUCACAGGGAUUCUGAAGGUUCCGAAGAACGGAACCACCGUGGUGACAUGGAUAGUAGCGAAGAGACUGAGUACCCCAAUUUUCAAGUUGAGUUUAUUGGGGUUGAUGGCCAUCGAGCUCGACGAAUCCUUCCGCCUAGUUGGUGGCGACGACGUUCUUGUUAUGGUCGUUGGCCAUGUCGAAGAGAACCUUAUGGAUCUCCUUGUAGCUGGAGUUGUAAUAGGAAUCCAUGCGACUACAGCUGCCACGGAAGACCUGGGGAUUGUGGAUGGUCAUCAAGAUCUAGCUCAUCUGAGUCCUCAGCGACCUCCGAAUCCAGAUCAUCAGAAGAUAGUCUGGAAGAAUGGAGGAGGAGACGGGGCUGGAAUAGAAAAUGUGACUGUGCUAGAAGUCGUGGAUGUUCCGGACCGUGUGGAUGCAUUGGAUGCUCAAAUUCACGAUGCUGUGGAUGUCAAGCAUGUUCGAGAUCUCAAGACUGUGGAUGCGCUCGCCGAGGAUGUUACGGAUGCGCAGGACACAGAGGAUAUUCUGGAAGGUGUUGUCAAGGAUUCAGAUGUCAAUUUUCAAACUGUUGUUAUGGUUUUUGUAAGAGAAGAAGGUGUAGAACGACCACUACUACUAGUACCACUAGUACCACCACGACAACCAACCCAGAACCCGUAA